AAGAAUUAUUAAAGAAAAGUUGAGGGACUUGCAGGAGUUCGGGACUAAGAGGAGCAGAAGUUUGCCCAGCAGAAGCUCUCUGAAUCAGAGCUCUACAUCCACCAUGUUGCCCUGUGGAACGGCUCUGUCCUUCAUUCGGUGUCUGGUGCGCAAGAAGAACAUCGGUGGUGAGAGUCUCGAGGACACCAAGCUGUGCCGAUGCUUAUCAACGCUGGACCUGAUAGCCCUGGGAGUAGGGAGCACCCUUGGUGCUGGUGUUUAUGUGCUUGCUGGAGAAGUGGCCAAAUCUGAUUCUGGACCUAGCAUCAUUGUUUCUUUCCUCAUUGCUGCCGUUGCGUCUGUGAUGGCAGGUCUCUGCUACGCCGAGUUCGGCGCUCGUGUCCCCAAGACUGGUUCUGCGUAUUUGUACACUUACGUUACAGUAGGUGAACUGUGGGCCUUUAUCACUGGCUGGAACCUCGUUUUAUCCUACAUCAUAGGUACAUCAAGUGUAGCAAGAGCCUGGAGUGGCACCUUUGAUGAACUUCUUGGAAAACGGAUUGGUCAUUUCUUCAGUGCCUACUUCAAAAUGAAUUACUCUGGGCUAGCAGAGUAUCCUGACUUCUUUGCUGUACUCCUUAUAUUACUUUUAUCAGGUCUUUUGUCUUUUGGAGUAAAAGAGUCUGCAUGGGUGAAUAGAAUUUUCACUGCUAUUAACAUCUUGGUCUUGGUCUUCGUUAUUAUUUCUGGUUUUGUGAAAGGUGAAGUUGACAACUGGAAGAAAAGUGAAGAAUAUCUCAGAAACUUUACUGCAGUAACAGAGAACCGCUCAUCCUAUGAAAAUGUGACAAGUAUAUAUGGGAGUGGUGGCUUUAUGCCUUAUGGUUUCACAGGAACAUUGGCUGGUGCUGCAACCUGUUUUUAUGCUUUUGUUGGAUUUGACUGCAUUGCAACAACUGGAGAAGAGGUCAGGAAUCCUCAGAAAGCCAUACCCAUAGGAAUUGUGGUGUCCCUACUCGUCUGCUUCAUGGCCUAUUGCUUGGUUUCAGCUGCACUGACACUUAUGAUGCCAUACUAUCUCCUAGAUGAGAAAAGUCCUCUGCCAGUAGCAUUUGAAUAUGUUGGAUGGGGUCCUGCUAAAUACGUUGUAGCAGUGGGAUCCCUCUGUGCUUUGUCUACAAGUCUUCUUGGAUCCAUUUUCCCAAUACCACGUGUAAUCUAUGCUAUGGCGAAGGAUGGGUUGCUUUUCAAAUGUCUAGCUCAAAUCAAUUCCAAAACGAAGACCCCACUAGUUGCUACUCUAUCGUCUGGUGCAGUAGCAGCUGUAAUGGCAUUUCUAUUUGACCUGAAGGCUUUAGUGGACAUGAUGUCUAUUGGCACACUUCUUGCUUAUUCACUUGUGGCAAUCUGUGUCCUCAUUCUUAGGUACCAACCCACAUAUGAGGAACCAAAAUACUCUCCAGAAAAAGCAGCUUUGGCUGCAGCUGAAAGAGCAUCUGCAGUAAGUGAGUCACAGAUAAACAUGAUAGAGGAAAGUCACUUCCGUCUUCAGGCUUUGAUUAAUCCAUCCAGUUUACCAACUGAGCGGACUGCAACUAUAGUUAACUACUUAGUGGGCCUCUUAGCUUGCUUGAUUUGUGGCUUCAGUGUCCUCAUUACAUACGGGAUUCAUUUCAUUGCUAACUUGGAGCCCUGGAGUAUUGGCCUUCUUGCUUUAUUGGUGAUAUCCUUCAUAGUUACCAUUCUCCUCAUCCAAAGGCAGCCUCAGAACCAGCAGAAAGUAGCCUUUAUGGUUCCACUAUUGCCAUUUUUGCCAUCAUUCAGUAUACUGGUAAAUAUUUACUUGAUGGUACAAUUAAGUGGAGAGACUUGGAUGAGAUUUAGCUUCUGGAUGUUACUUGGCUUCCUCAUUUACUUUGCUUAUGGCAUCAGACACAGUGUUGAAGGUCAUCAUGGCGAUGGAGAUGAUGAUUCUUGUUCAGAAAAUAGUGGGAUGCAAGAAAAGAACCCAGUGGAUGACCCUGAAAAUGCAAAUGAAAGGGAUCAAUUUCUUCCACCUGAAAGGACAAGUGAAUGUUAA